AGACUUGUCCAAGGUCAAAAGCUUGACCAAAUCCACCACGAAGUAAACCUACACGAAAUCUGCAGGGAUUUGUGUUCAAAAAUAUUUUAAUUUGCGUGUUUUACUUCAACAUAAGUUAAAGUGCCAGCAAACAUGCAGGUUUUCAUGAGGAAAACGUUCCUAAAGACUAUAUGUGUAAUAUUCUUCACUUCCGCGUUCCUCAUCUUUGCCCUCAGAAUCACACGGCCUGCUGAGACCAAUAAUCCGCUCAUCGGGAUUAAUGCUCAGCAGUUACGCUGGAAUUACUCAGGAGGCGAAUUCCUUGGCCUCCCUGAACAUCCUCCCUUCCAGCAGGACUUGCAAAGUCCAAUUUCUGCCCACCCGUGGCCAAAUGACACAACCUGCAGCAGGUUUGAGACGAGGCUGGGUGUGGACAUCCCGCGGGUUUAUCUAAUUUCGUUCCCGCGCUCGGGCAACACCUGGACGCGGUACCUGGUGGAGGGCGCCACGGGCAUCUUCACGGGCUCUGUCUACGUAGACCAGAAGCUUUACAACCUUGGAUACCUGGGCGAGGAGCAGAACAUUACAUCGAACACGACACUGUUGAUCAAAGAUCAUCUGACCGGAGGCAAGCCUGCCCCACGGGACGGCCCGAUAAUAUUACUUAUACGUGAUCCAAGAAA